GGUCCGAGUGAUCCAUUGCUCGUACAACCACGACGCCUCGCGACGAACGGUACCCGGCGUGUGCUUCGACGUCUACGUGGCUGCGCUUUGAGAAGAGGCGCCGUCGACACCACUUACCCUGUUCGCCUCUUUCAACACCGCCUGCUGCGCAACUUUCUCGUCAACUGUUCACAUCCGAAGGGCUCACUGCAGAGAGUUACGUGAAAGGCCUCGAGACCUUCUUCCUACUGCCCGGGAUCUGCGCCCCUACUCAGUGUAACGGCAAUGUGGGUUGGACUAGCGUUGUACUUCACUGUGUGCUGUCUGGUGGUCGGAAGAUCGCAAGAGGCGGCUAAUGUCGUUCACACAACUUGCGGAGACGUCCGAGGAAUCAUCCGUUCGACAACGACUGGUUCAGUGCUAGCCCUCCUUGGAAUACCUUUCGCCGAACCACCAGUCGGCGAACGUCGCUUCAGAAAACCGAUGCCAAAGAAGCCCUGGAAAGGCGUGCUGAAUGCUACCUCGCUACCACCCAUGUGUCCCCAACCUCCCGUUAAGGUAAACAGCCACUUCGACGUAAAAGCGACGGAUCCCUUUUCUGAGGACUGUCUCUUUCUUAACGUGUUUAAACCAGUUUCGAAGCACGAUUCUACCCUGAAACACGUCGUCGUGUUUGUUCACGGAGGAGCUUUUACAUUCGGAGGCAUUUACCUCAAGAUAUUCGAUGCGUCUGAACUCGCCGUGCGAGGAGACCUUGUUGUCGUCACCAUCGCCUACAGACUGGGGCCGUUCGGGUUCCUGUAUCUGGGCACCGAAGAGGCACCUGGCAACAUGGGCCUCUACGACCAGCAACUUGCAAUGCAGUGGGUCCGAGAGAACGUCCGUUCUUUCGGUGGCAACCCGGAUGUCAUCACUGCAAUGGGUCAAAGUGCAGGGGCCAUGUCAUUGGGAAUUCACCUGCUGUCGCCCGGUAGCGCCGGUCUCUUCCGACGCGCCUACAUGCAGAGUGGAAGCCCAUUCGUCAGUGCUUUCUCAAGUAGCCCAGUGGAAGCGAGGAGGAAAACAGACAUGCUUGCAAGCUACCUCGACUGCAAGGAACGGAACGAUCGAGAGCUCUCAGUUUCGCAAGUUAUUAGCUGCUUGCAAGCCAAGCGCGUCGAUGACAUCGUGAAAGGCGCACGAGUUUUCAACGCAGAUGGAUUGAAUGGAUUUUUCCCCGUUUUAGGGGGUGAUUUCGUAUUGGGAACGCCCGACAAUGCCCCUGCGCUGGUUCCACACAGUGUAAGCGACGUUCUGAUAAGCAUUUGCGCUGCCGAGGGAGACUUCCUUAUUGAUCAUAUGCUCAAACUCGCCAAUAAUAUUGACAACAUUCAGCUUGUUUCGAAACGAUACAUGGCACUACUUAUCAAGUUAUCGCUGGCGAGGUCUAUGAUUGCGGACGCCGAACCUAUCUUCGAGCGUUACUUUCGUCCUGCGGCUGCAGACAGUGGUGUCCAAGUCGUUCACGCUGGCUCUGAUAUCCUAAGAGACUUUUAUUUCGGCUGUCCAGCGCGCAGCAUUGCCCAAUGGCUCUCAGCUUCGAACACGUCUGUGUACUUCCUUCUGUACGAUGAGCAACUAUCCACCCUCGAUUGGCCUGACUGGGUUCGCUCGACUCACGGAGAUGACCUUGCGUUCAGCCUCGGCUCGGCUCUCGUCCUAGACGGUCAUCCUUCCGAAGGAAACGUCAGGGCAACUGAAAACCUGAUAAACGUCGUCGCGACCUUCAGCCGCUCUGGAGUACCGAAGGUCUUGGAUGGUACCGUAUGGCCAAAAUUUGAUGACGAGGGACAGUAUCUGCACAUACGGAACGGAAGCAGUGUCCGGCGAAAGCAUUUCCUCCAAUCUACUUGUGAAUUUUGGCGCAGUAUUGUACCUAAUGAAUAAAAAUUAGGGUACCCUAAA